AAGGAAUCGAAGGAGACACCGAAAACGCAGAAGCCAAAAGAAAAGACUAAGGAAAAGCCAGAAAGCAGCAAAAAACAUAAGGGUAAGAAAGAAACAAAGGAAAAAGAUGGAGCGGAUGCCAGUGAGCCCAAUGAGGAAUCAAAGUACAACUCUUUUAAUAAGUUCGCGAAACUAUGUGAAGUCAUUGCCACAAUGUCGAAAUACUCAGAUAAAUCAGCAGCAGUAAAGAUGUUCAUAUCAAGAGACGACUACGAUGGUGAUAUGCUUACACUCGUUCGAUUACUUCUACCAGGUGUAGAUCAAAGGGUCUACAAUAUCAAAGAAAAGCAAAUCAUCAAGCAUUUUGCAACGAUUUUUGAUCUACCACCCGAGGAUCUCUUGAACGAGUACAAAAAUGAUGGAGAUGUUUCUAAAGUUAUUCGUGAUGCUAUGGAGAAAAACAAUUUGAGCAGAGUAACCAAGGGAAAUUGGAGUAUCGAAAAGGCAAGCAGAAUAGUUGUUGAUCGCUGGCUCAAUAAAUUGACCGAAUUGACUAAAGAUGAUGAACAAAUUGCUCAUCUUAAGUUCGCAGCGAAGAGAAUGUCUCCUCUGGAACUGCAGUAUCUUCUGCGUCUAGUUAUGAAGGAUCUACGAAUCAACGCUGGUGUUAAACAUAUCCUUGAUGGACUGAAUUCCUGCGCUUAUGAGGCAUUUCAGAGCUGUCGUGAUUUGGCGGAGAUAGUCGAUAGAGCUAAGAAGGGCCAGUUUGGCGAUAUAGCCAUUACUAUGGAAGUUGGUAUCCGUCUUGGAACUCCUGUACUGCCUAUGCUGGUCAGUUAUAUUAUUAGAGCAAUGUAUCGUGAACACAUAGCACAACGCUAA